CCUGGUGCGUGGGCUGGAGAAUGUUAUUCAGGAUCUGGAUGUGAGUGCGCAGAUGAUGGGGCGGGAUGAGGUGCAGGAUUUGAGCAGGGAGAUUCGCGAUGUGGAGAUAAGGAUGAGGACUUGAGAUGGGAGAUGGUAUCUAUGGGUGCAUUGAUGCUCGAAUUCCUACGCCUCCUGGCUAGCGCGCCGUUUCGCUGCAGACGCGUCGUCUGGCUGAGCUGCGCGAUUCAGCAUGAACGGCUCGUCGUGGACGAGAAGGCGGGAGACGCCUUGCGCCGACUAAGCCGAGAUAACGAGGCUGUGCCUCAGACACAAAGGACUCGUAUGAGCAAACAGACCAGAGACGUAGGUACAAAUCGCGUCAGGUCCGAGGACAUGGAAGUCGCCGCACUACGAACGACUCAAGCCAACGACAGCGCGUGGACUUACGCUUGGGACGAGCUACUACGACGCUGGAUGGUAUACCCCACGCACCACGCCGCAAUAUCUCGCAUGAACAAGUCCUUCCAGUCAACACCCGCAGCACGCUGGUCAUCGAGACGCAACGUUCGUUGUGAGGCAGUACGCAUCAGAACACAGCCCCAAGAGCUGUGAUGGAGUCUAUCCAAUCCGUCGCUACGCACUUGUUUCCCCGCGCCUAAUGCUCGUUAUUCUUUGUUGUAGUGUUGGGAGGUGUUAAGUAUCAUCAUUAGGUAGGUAGAUAGAUGAGUUGGUCUUUGAAGAAUAGCAGUCUUAACCAAGUAGACGUGGAUUAUCAGAAA